CCAUUUCUGAUUCGUUGUCCUCGCCUCCUGCCUCUGCCUCGCCGUUUAUACACGCCUCCCCACACCAACACCUUCCUCUCCGUCCUCCGCUCGCCGUCCCCUCCCCACCGAUUCGGAGCUCAGCGAAUUCGGACACAACGCGGCGCGGCGGUGCCGGCCCCUCCCCUCCGCGAACGAAUCGAACGCCGCUCCUCCGCUCCCCGGCCCGGCGAAAUGGAAGGUGCGGUCGUGAGGAGGGUGAUCCCUUCGGACAACAGCUGCCUCUUCAAUGCCGUGGGUUACGUGAUGGAACACAACCGGAAUAAGGCUUCUGAGCUGAGACAGGUUAUAGCAGCAACAGUUGCUAGUGAUCCUGCAAAGUUCAAUGAAGUGUUUCUUGGCAAACCAAAUGAAGCGUAUUGUGCUUGGAUUUUGGAUCCUGAGAAGUGGGGAGGAGCCAUUGAGCUAUCUAUUCUAUCGGCAUAUUAUGGGCGUGAAAUUGCUGCAUAUGACAUUCAGACCACCCGUUGUGAUCUGUAUGGUCAGGAGAAGAAUUAUAGCGAAAGGGUGAUGCUCAUUUAUGAUGGGUUGCAUUAUGAUGCUCUGGCUAUGUCACCAGCUGAAGGAGCACCAGAAGAAUUUGACCAGACAAUUUUCCCUGUCAACCAUAACCGUUCUAUUGGUCCAGCAGAAGGCCUUGCCAUCAAUUUAGUGAAGGAGGCGCAGAGGAAGAGGAGCUAUACUGACACUGCAAACUUCACUCUGCGCUGCGGGGUGUGCCAGAUUGGCGUCAUCGGUCAAAAGGAGGCUGUUGAACAUGCGCAAGCCACUGGCCAUGUCAACUUCCAAGAAUACAAAUGACAAAAGACAGACUAGUUCUGUUGUUGUAAACCUAUCAUUUGUUCUAAUUGAUGAUCUUUUUCUGUUGGAUAUGGUUGGCACAUUGUAUCACAAUGUAUUUUUUACAUGAAAAACACAAUAAAUGUUACAUUUGUUCCGGAUAAUGUAGAUAUUGCCAGCCAAUCAUGGUUCAAGCGUC